UUUAACUUGUGCAAGUGUUAAGUGUUAAGUAGUUAGCUUUUAGUCUUACUAAUUGUUUUGUACUUUUAUAAAUAUUUUUAGUGGUUACAUUUCAAUAAAUCAUGUUUUCUUCAGAUGCUAAUUAUUCAAAACUCAAGACUAACUUGAGACUAGCGUUAAAUCGUCUAAAGUUGCUUGAAAAAAAGAAAACUGAAUUAGCUCAAAAAGCACGUAAAGAAAUUGCAGAUAUGGUGGCCGCUGGUAAAAGUGAACGUGCAAAAAUAAGAGUUGAACACAUAAUUCGAGAGGAUUACUUUGUUGAGGCAUUAGAAAUUGUUGAAAUGUUUUGUGACGCUCUAUUAUCUAGAUUUGGUCUAUUACAACAAUCCAAAAUGUUAGAUCCUUCCCUUGCAGAAUCAGUUUCCAGUUUAUUAUGGGUAGCUCCUCUUAUUCAAGCUGAUGUUAGUGAAAUGAAAAUUAUUUCUGAUCAGUUAACGCAAAAAUUUGGUAAAAAAUAUACCGAGGCAUGCAGAUCAGAAGACAUGGAUACAGUAUCUCAAAAACUUAAGCAUAAAUUGAGCUUAAGACCUCCUCCUAAAAUUCUUGUUGAGAAAUAUUUAAUUGAAAUUUCUAAAAAUUAUAGUGUGCCAUAUGAACCUGAUUUACAAGUAAUGCAAGAAUAUGAACAAACUCAUAAUAUUGAUUCUUUACUUUUUGAUAACAAAAAUGCGAAUAAUGAAAAUUCUACACGGCCUACAGGGUUUAUUGGCUUUCCACAACAGCCUAUGGCUCCUAUUCAGGCUCCACCUAUUAAUUAUCCAAAUAUGCAAACUAUGAGCUCAAUGUUAGAUUCAGUUCCAUUGGAUUUUGAUAUACCACCUUCAUUACCAACAAUGCCAAAUCCAAUACCUCAAUAUACACAGCAGUCUGUCCCAAAACCACCUACUCCUAAUAUAGUUAAACCUAUUACAAAAAAACAAAUUUUGCCUAACAAAAAUUUGGGUUUUUCAAACUUACCUGAUCUUCCUAGUGUACCUACAGACAUACCUUCUGGUGAUAUCAAAGCAAAAGAUAAUGAUGAGGAAGAGACAGAUUUUGAUGAAUUAUUAAAUCGAUUUGAGGAUUUAAAGAAAAACAAAAAAUAAGUUUUUAUUAUUAACUUAGGUAUU